CAUCACUGUGUUCAGCUGUUUAUCUGCGUGUUUUCCUCUUCGAUAAGAUACCCCCUUACGUGUCACGAAGCGUCCUGCAUCGAACAACAAGAACGAAAACAAGCCCCCAGAAACUUCCAAUCAACAUGUCGACAGUCGAGAACAACUCUGUGGCAGACGCCCCGACGCUCGUUGCUCAGCACCCAGACACCACCGUUGUCUCUGCCGAUGGCGUGCCUCAUACCGACCCCGUCCUAGGCGCUGCUGCCGCCGCCGAGACCAAGCCUGAAGAGACGACGGCAGAUAGCCAGAUCCAAAGCGAAGCUGCUGCCGCUGCUGCCACUACUGAGGCACCCAAGGCUGAGGCCGCCGCCGUCCCGGUGAUUGAACCCAUCACCGAAGGCCUGCUGAACUACAAAGGCCCCGGUCUACUCAAAUCCCUCAUCCCCUCCAAGAAGGACUUCUGGCUGAGCGACGAGCCCGUCUCCCAGCACGCCCUCGGCUCCUACAUGCGCGGCGAGAAGCCUGAAGUCUCCCACCCCGUUGUCGCCUGGGCCAGCCAGACGGGCAAGGGCCUCCUCUUCUUCAACAAGAAGGGCGAUACCAACCGCACGCACCCCGGCCACGUCCUGGCCCUUUACGAGGCUGCGGACCUCCGCAAGCGCAACCCGCAGGAGAUCAGCUUCUCCAUCAAGGGCCAAGAGCAUGUGCUGAAGGCUUCCACCGACACCGAGCGUGAUGCGUGGUUCAUGUCCAUGGAGAAGUCUGCUGAGCUCGGCAAGGCUGCCAAGGCGGAGGUGGUGGAGAGUGAAGGGUACAAGGAGGAGCUGGAGAAGCUGAACAAGCCUCAUGUUGCCGCGACUGCUGCCGCUGUCGCCUCGAAGCGUGGUCAGUCCCAGCCGAAGAAGAGCUCCGAGGUUGAGCGCCAUGCAUCGGAGGAUGAGGCGAAGAAGGACAAGAAGGCUCGCUCGACGUCGCGUGGCAUGUUGAACCGCCUCAAGGGCAAGAAAGAGGAGGCAGAGGCCAAGAAGGAGGAGAAGGAGGCCGACAAGGAGAAUGCCAAGCCUGACAACGAGCACAAGACGGAGGAGGAGGUCGUUGCAGGUGCGGCGGUCGCCGGCACUGGUGCUGCUGUUGUUGGCACCGGUGCUGCCGCUGUUGAGCACUCCGAAGACAAGAAGGACUCCACCGAGUCUCCCGCUGAGGCCGCCAAGACCGAGGAGAAGACGAAGCAGGGCAAGCGUGGCUCCAUCUUCGGCAAGAUGGCUGGCUGGGGUGCCAUGAAGUCGCCUACGAAGGAGAAGGAUGCAGAGCUCAAGCCUGAGCCCAUCGCAGCCGCGCCCGUCGCCGCCGCCGAAGUGUCCAAGGACGGCGUGGCUGAGGAGGCCCCAGUGCUCCCUGAGACCGCCACCACCGAGCGCACCGACGCAGAAGCCGAGGCGGACAAGAUUGAGACCAAGGCCGAGGAGGAGGUGGCCAAAGAGAACGCAGUCGAGGAGCCGAAGAAGGAAGAGGUGGCCACGCCAGCCAAGGAGAAGAGCAGCUUCUUGUCCGGUCUCCUGCCCAAGCGCGGCCGAUCUGUCUCGCCAUCUCCCGCCCUCACCAAGAGCGAGCCUGAGGCGGCCAAGGAGGCUGCGCAAGAGCCAGUCAAGGCCGAGGAGCCGACUGUGGAGGCCGCUGCAGCAACCACGAGUGCCGAGAAGACUGAGGAGCCCGUGAAGACGGAGACGUCUACUGCCAACAAGCGUCAAUCCAUGCUCGGAUCCAUUGGUCGCCGUGCCUCGAAAGCCAUGAGCGGCAUGCGCGGAGCCAAGAAGGAGAACGCUGCUCCCGCCACCGCAGAGGAGACGACCACCGAUGCCGCUCCCGCCGCGACCACCACUGCGGCCGAGGAGGAGAAGACGGCGUCGGCCAUUGAUGGCGAGGUGAACGGCGUGCCGACGAUCGGCGAUGCCGUGCCCGCCGCCAUCCAAACUGAGCAGCAGGCUCCUGUCGUGACUGCCUCCGCAUAAUCAUCUGCAUUCUGCUCAAGACAAUGCUGACUGACGGGCUGCGAAAAGAUAGGCAGACGUUAAGAGCCGAGUGACGCCGAUGUCGACUUGCUCGGAUCGAUGCGCCGCGCCCGCCUUCUCUAGCGACACCCGCACACCCUGCUUUGCCCCGAACUGACGACCUGGCGC